UGCUUUUUAUUGUUUACUUUUCAAUUCAAGAUCAACCCAGAUUGUUUUUUCUGCUCCUUUCUUAUUUUAUCAUUGAUUUCUCAAAAAGUUUUUGGUGGUUACAAGUAAUAUUAUCUUAAAGAUUUUUCCUUUACGUUUAUUGUUUCCUUCUUUUUGUCUUUUCUUGUUUUUCCUUGCUUUUUUUUUUUUGCUACUCUUUUCUUUUAUUAUUAUUCAAAUGGUUUCUGAUUGAACUGAGAAAGAUAAAAGAUUGCAUUAAAUAGAUUGCUAAUGGAAGAAGCCAACCAAAGAAGCAAGUUCAGGAAGAUGUGCGUGUUCUGUGGAAGCAACUCUGGCUACAGACAAGUCUUCAGUGAUGCUGCUAUUGAAUUGGGGGAUGAGCUGGCAAAAAAGAGGAUAGACCUGGUGUAUGGUGGAGGCAGUGUUGGGCUGAUGGGUUUGAUAUCUCAGAAAGUGUAUGAUGGAGGCUGCCACGUCCUUGGGGUCAUUCCUAGAGCACUUAUGCCUCUUGAGAUUUCUGGUCAAACUGUUGGAGAAGUAAGAAUUGUUUCAGAUAUGCAUGAGCGUAAGGCUGCUAUGGCCAGAGAAGCGGAUGCAUUUAUUGCUCUUCCUGGAGGAUAUGGAACCAUGGAAGAACUAUUGGAGAUGAUCACAUGGUUACAACUUGGAAUUCAUAAGAAACCGGUUGGCCUGCUAAAUGUUGAUGGUUACUAUAAUUGUUUGCUUGCCAUGUUUGACAUUGGUGUUCAAGAAGGUUUCAUAAAGCCUGGUGCUCGUGACAUAUUUGUCCAUGCUCCAAGUGCCAAAGAACUUUUGGAAAAGAUGGAGCUAUACGCUCCUUUGCAUCAGCAAGUUGCUCCUCAUGAAAGCUGGCAUAUGGAGCAACUGGGUAAUUAUCCAGCACAACAAAAUGCACAGUGAUUGGUGGUAGGCCAUUCUCUUAAUUUGAUUCCUGAUGUAAUUCAACAUCAUUUGUGUACAAGAAUCUUUUUAAGUGGGACCGCAUAUUAUUCAUGACUA